UUUCCCAAUGUCCUUGGACGAUGAGCAUACAGCGUUGUGUAGAAACCUAGUACUUGGCCAUGGCCGAUUAAUCGUGCACCAGGGUGUCUUCGUUGUGGAAACAAACCUGGAGAUACCAAGAGGCGAGCACGGGGGCCGAAAAUAAAAGAGAGCUACGAUCUUCAUCGAGAAAUAAUCGUACCUCUUCAGUCUUCCCAGACUUAUUCGACUUACUGGCCGCAUUCCCACGAGAAUCCUUUGAAAAUUUAUCGGCUUCGAUGAACAGGAGGCAGAAUAACAGCUCUAGACGUUACUAGCUCGACGGAAAGAAAACAGAAAAGAGUGUCGUUGACCCGAGUCAUAAAGUGGUCCUCGAGUGUCCGAGCGCGGUUUCAAGGAGCAAAAGAGCCGCUGGCUGGUCAUAUCAGAGGCAGAAACAAGAAACAGAAGGAAAUUGGUCCACGUUAUCGACGCACUUGAUUCCUUCACCGUCUCGAGAAGGCUAAUUUUAAGAUCAUCUCGAGAGUGAAGGAGGACUACUUCGACCUCUGUGAUGAUCAACGACCAUGGCGCCAGGAGCAACGACCCUGACGAGUCUUCUGUUGCUGUUGAUGACGGUGACGAGAUGCUCAUUGACGAAAAGUUUACUCGCGAGCACACAACCGCCAUUUGCCAAGACUUUGACAGGCGUCAGGUUAGCGGGUGGUUACAUGGAAGUAGUCCAGGAAGAUUAUUGCUCGCAUGGUGCUGUUCGACUGACCUGCAGGUCUCUCAAGGCGUUCAUCUUCGUCCUGGAAGCGGAGUAUCUGUCGAAUCUUACGCACGCUUGCGGAUACGAUGUGCAGAAGUUGAUGGAGAAGAAAAUGUACAGGACUCGAGAUAGCAGUAUGUCGUUGAAGAAGAAAGAGCUGAAGGGAAAUUAUAUCGAUGAUAUUGAGGAUGAACAAUUGAGGGUGGUAGAUAUUAGGCAGUCAUUAAACAGGAGAUGUUCCGGACAAAAACAUUGUCGUUACAACCUCACCACCGACCAACCAGGUGCUGUUUACUGGAAUCCUGCCACUUUGCAGUUGAAGUACGCGUGCAUUCCUGAGGCUGCCGUAAAGAAAUAUUGCAACGAGGAGCUGAAGGUGGUCCCUGGCGAGGGUGGUUUCAUAAAUUCACCGGGUUAUCCGCUUUACUACCUCGGUGAAAAUACGUGCGGCUGGACCUUCAGGUCGGCUCCUGGGCACAGGAUAGUCCUGACGCUCCACGACCUGAAUAUCCGGGAGCCUGAAUCGGAUGGAAGUUGCGUAGACAUUCUAAGGGUGCGAGAAAAAGGGAAAACGUUGUUCGAAAAUUGCGGUACCGCGGCUGGCGUCAAGGUCGUCUCAAAUUCGAAUGUAGUCACCCUCGACCUUGUCGCAACGAAGAAGCUAUACACAGCACGAGGAUUCUUCUUGCAAUAUCAAGUGCUUGCCUGUCCAGAUGUCUCAGCACCCAACGGAAGUUACGUAUUAAAUGGUACUUUGACUACGAGAACCUUUUUGUGUAAAUUCGGCACCGUAUUCCCUGACAGCAAAGAAAGAACAAGGAUACUGGAGUGCAAGAACGGCAAGUGGAAUGAGAAUAUCAUCAACAUGCCGAGUUGCAUAGCCACGUCGGCGGUGAUCCUGAAGACAGAACACGACCAUAAUCGUUUAUCCAGUCUUUCGGGGGAUAAUAUCCUUGGCACUGGAGUUAGGAUUGGUCGGGGCGAGGACGCAGUCGCGGAUAUCAACGGCAACAUUAUGGAUUCGGCGCAAUCAGCCAUGAUGAAGCAAACAGACUACGUCGUAGAUAUUGUCUUGCCAACCGUUCUAAUUGCUCUGCUGUUCGUUGGCAACGCCAUCAUCGUCUACAUUAUCUUUCAGUAUAGAAAGAGGAAAGUUCCAUCAAUAGAGCAGGGCGAGGAAAUGUCUCUACGUAACGCAGCCGAGGUGCCACAGGUGUGAUUCGUGUUAGAAUCAGCGAUAAAAUUUAUGGUACCAGCCCAAAAAGCGUCAGCGAGAAGGCCUACGUUGCAUUUUUCUACGAGGAUGAUCUCCAAACGAAAAUGGAUCUCUAAAAAUAGGAUCGUCGAGGAGUAUCGAACAUCAUCUUCUUUUCUUUCUUCUCCACUUUUAGAAAGAAGAAUGAUCGUCGAGUCUGCAAAUGGAUCCUCGAAACUCGUGUUCAUCCGAUUUUGAUAGUUAUAUGUCCUUUGGUUGAGACACAUAAUUGGAAAAUGUCUUUUUCACGCGCGCGAAAUUCAGAGACGCUCUCGAAGAAAAGACUAUAAUGCGCUCGUCGCCACUCGUAAUAAGAACCGCUGUCAAUAUUUAAGAAACCAGGCGCCUAAUUAGUGCUGCCAUGGUCUUCUACCUACAUGUUCACGCAUACAGACACACAUAAACGUACACGUAAACUUACGAUAAUGUAUUAUAAUAUAAGGAAAUAAUAUAUUCUAUAUUUCGUCCAAAUUGUGACUUAAGUUAAGAAUAAACAGAUGUUUUCAUAAUA